AUGGAAGAUAUAUUUCAGUGGUGUAGGGAAGGAAAUGCAUUACAGGUACGAGUUUGGCUGGAUGAUACGGAACAUGAUAUGAAUCAGGGAGAUGACCAUGGCUUCAGUCCACUCCACUGGGCUUGCAAGGAAGGUCACAUCAAGAUCGUUGAGAUGCUCAUCCGCCGCGGCGCUCGCAUCAACGUCACUAACAUGGGUGACGACACACCACUACAUCUUGCAGCCGCCCAUGGGCACAGACCGAUUGUGCAGCUGCUGCUACAAAACCGUGUGGAUGUGAACUUUACGAACGAGCAUGGCAACUCGCCGCUACACUACGCUUGCUUCUGGGGCUACAGUGCGAUCGCAGAGGACUUGUUGAUGGCUGGAGCUCUCGUGUCGUUGGCUAACAAGGACGGAGACACGCCAUUGGACAAGACUAGGGGACAACUUGUGCAGAGACUGCACGAGCUAGCCACCCAACAGGGACAAGAUCUGAAGAAGAUUCAGUUCAAGGACCAGUCCUGGCUCGGCUUGAAGACAAGGAGCAGGGACGCCACGCUCUCCCGCCAUAAAGGCAUCAACAUCAACGAACUGUCGCUGCAUACCAGAAUCGCUGUUACUCCCUCAGGUGAGACGUGGCGCGGCAGAUGGCAGAAGAACGACAUAGUGGCCAAGAUCUUGGCGGUGCGCGAGUGUACGCCGCGCAUACAGAGGGACUUCAACGAGGAGUUCCCCAAGCUGAGGAUAUUCUCGCAUCCUAAUAUAUUGCCUGUUGUGGGUUGCUGCGUAUCCCCGCCAUCCCUGGUGGUAAUAUCUCAGUACAUGUCGUGGGGCUCCCUGUACGGGCUGCUGCACGGCGGGGGCGGCGGCGCGGGCGCGGGCGGCGCGGGCGCGCUCGUGCUGGACGCGGCGGCCGGGGCCCGGCUCGCGCACGACGUCGCGCGCGCCAUGAGAUACCUGCAUGCACUGCAGACUGACAAGAUUCUGCCCACUUAUGCGCUUAAUUCUAAGCAUAUUAUGAUCGACGAAGACCUGACAGCCCGCAUAAACAUGGCGGACUGCAAGUUCUCGUUCCAAGAGAAGGGUCGCGUGUACUCGCCGGCGUGGAUGGCGCCCGAAGCCCUACAGAAGCCCCCGUCCAAGCGGAACCUGGAGGCCGCCGACAUGUGGAGCUUCGCCAUCUUGCUUUGGGAACUUGCUACUAGAGAAAUCCCUUUCGCUGACCUGUCGCCAAUGGAAUGUGGUAUGAAGAUAGCGCUGGAAGGUCUCCGCGUCACAAUCCCGCCUGGCAUCUCUCCGCACAUCGCCAAACUUAUCAAGAUCUGUAUGAACGAGGACCCCGGCAAACGACCCACCUUCGAAAUGGUAAUACCUAUCCUCGAGAAGAUGAAACGCUGA